AUGGGAGGAUCGCUUGGCACACGAAGAAUAUCAACCACACACGAGGCUAAAGAGGAAGCCACUACCGAGAAAGUGACUAAAGAAGAGGCUGUUACUGAGGAGGCCGCUACUGAGGUGGCUGUUACUGAGGAGGCCGCUACUGAAGUUGCUGUUACUGAGGAGGCCACACGGGUACAUCAUACAAUAAAGGGCAUGGAGCUCAUGCUUCAACAAUUAGAGGUGGUUGAGAGAGCGGAGAGUGACACACCAUACUUCAAACUAUGGGUGAAUUCGAAGGCAUUCCCGGCUGAUCAGUUGGCAUAUAUCGACACCAGUGAGCAACGAAUGCUGUACAAUCCUAUCACCAAUGAUGGCAGCUACAAGUCCAACUUGUCCAUUGUUAUGGUAAUGAAGAGGGAGCAGUCGGGCGUCUACACCCUCUCCAGUGUUGUACUGCCCAACAACAACCUCAUGCGCACCGGGACGAUUAUUAAAACAAUUGAUUCCACUAUCUACGAUGCAAACUUCCAAAUGGGUGCUAGUACCAAAUUCACUUUCAUUCAUCCCCCCAAACGACUCCAAAACCUUUGCAAUCUACACUGAAACUGACGACGAGCCUAAACAAAGAGUGUAUCUCCUACCGGAAGUUGAUAACUUGCAAACAGGCCAGAGGCGAUACGUAAUUCGAGCUGUGCACACACGGGAUCAAGACCCGAAAGGAAAGUACCUAUUCAGUACUAGCAUUAGUAAGUUUCCCGGAAUCAAACCUGAUCGACGCAGCAUUCUUUGAAUAGUUGCUUAAACUUCAAACUGAAACUACUACACUGUUGUUUUUACAAUUGUGACUUGUACUGUAUUAUACAAAUUAAAAAAGUCUAUUUGUGUUGAGUUUUACCUUCAUAAAGUUGUCAUAACUUUGUCAUACUUUACUGAAAUUCGAAGUUUCAUAUACCAUUGGAUUCCUUGUUAAAAAGCGCUUUUAUAUCUAUUGUGCUGUAGGUAGAGCUGAUAAGCUUCAACCAACUAAAAGUUAGCAUUUUCCAUGUAGAAGUCCCUAGCAUAUUUCUCAACCACAUGCAUAAACCAUAAAUGAAACCAAAAUUGACCACAUAACUUCCGGGGCCGAACUCAAAGCAAAUAGACUUUAGUAUGAUCACAUGAUAACAUUUAUUAUCUGAAAAAGCUAUAAAACAGUUAUAUGUAAGUGCUGGCAUGGGUGAAUCUAUGAGAGACCAUAAUUAUAUUGAGUUAUAGGAACAUCUAAAAUCAAAGGUAAGAGUAUUUAUGGCUCCGGACACACACAUGCACACGCACCCACAUAUAUAGGUUUAACGGUUGACUGAAUAAACAAACUAAACCACUAUACAGCCCAUAACAACCACAAAAUAUUUGCAAUCUGAAUGUUAUACUAAGAUGGGCUGGGGAAAGCACUGAAAAGCAUGGCAACAAUUAAAGCGAGUGGGGAGAACCGUACAUCAAUCCAAUAUAUACAAGCCCACGCAUUUCCUUAUUCACAGGCCAUAUACAGUACAAUACUUAUUGUAUCAGCAAUUAGAACGAACAAUAUUUAUGGCGCUGGAUACACAGACACACAUCUGCAUUGUUAGAAUGGUUAAACGAAUGAAUGAGCUUAUGAAUGAAUGAGCUUAUAAGCCACAUACUACAAUAUUCAUAUUAUAGUAGGCACGCACACCUGGUUUUGUUAGUGGUUGCUAUAUAAAGCAUCAAUCUUAGCCUUACUCUAUUCGGCAAACAAGAGCAUAUCCAAGACAACAAAGAAUGGCUACCACCACACAGAGGCAUCUUACAAUCCACGUCAACGUAGAAACAGACAAUGAAAGUUCGUUCAGGUUGGACCUGGGUGAUCCACUCGGUGCAGAUGAUUUGGCACAAGAGACUUCUACACCUGAUUCGGGUAAAUUGUUUGCAAUGAGAUUCCCAAGCAGAGAGAGCAACGACCGAUUCGCCUAUAUUGACACGUACAACGACGUAUUAAGGUAUGACAGUGAUGACGAGAAAAGAGGGCUAUCAGCAAUCAUGCGCAUAAGAAAUGUGACUGAUACUACAAACCCCAGAUAUCGCCUGUCAACAAUCGUCAAUCCUCUCUCUUUCCUAACACCUGUUGGGACUCAUCAGUGAACGGAUAUCAACUGAUGGGAUACUCAUAUUUCUUUGGUGAAACAAUACCGACACAAUUUGAAGUUCAAAGUGGAACGGUACAAGGUCGCCCAGAUUCUACGUCCACAUUGCUUUCAUUUGCAGCACAAGGCAUGAAAAGUUCAUGUCCAAAAAAGUAUCUCACACCACAAGAAAUAAUGGACCAAGGUGUUCGAAGGCCACAAGUUGUUGGGUCGAAUCAUCUAGGUUACAAUACGCAAGUGUAUCUUGUUGGUAACUACACAUACGACACGCUGCCGAUUCAUAACAGCAAUUGACUCAAAGAAAUAUUGGACAGUGACGAUACACUUAUAGAGUGUGAAUAUUGUUAGACAAUUAUUGUUAAAUUAGUUUUGUCAGUGAAACUAAAAUAUACACUGCACGUAUGUACGUAUGAUUAUGUACGAAAUAGACUUAGUUGAUGUUAUUUCAAAA